AUGUCCAAGACAUUUUUCGCGAAGGUCAAGAGCGUGCUCUCAGGCGAUACGCUGAUCCUGACGAACCCUCAAAACCCCAAGGCCGAGCGAACUUUCUCCCUGGCCUUCGUUGACGCCCCACGUCUGCGCAAGGAGGGCGACGAACCCUACGCCUUCCAAGCCCGCGAAUAUCUCCGAGAAAACGUCGGCAAGCAGGUCCAAUGUACCGUCCUCUACACCGUUCCCUCUGGUCGUGAUUUUGGCACCGUCCUGCUGUCAAGAGAGGGCCCAUCACUACCCGAUGAGGCUGUCAAGGCCGGCUGGCUGAAGGUUAGGGAAGACGCUGGUCGCAAAGAAGAGUCGGAAGAGAUUCUCGAACGCCUUGAUCUGCUUCGUGGCCUCGAGGGCCAGGCCAGGAGCGAGUCUAUCGGUGUCUGGUCUGGCUCUGGCGGCUCGAUCCAGGUUCAAAAUGACCUUGGCGGCCCUGAGUUCAUGAACCAAUGGAAGGGCAAGACGGUUGACGGCAUCAUCGAGCGUGUCCUCAGCGGCGAUCGUCUUCUCGUCCGCCUGCUGCUCUCUGACAAGAAGCACGCUCAGGUCAUGACGUUGCUUGCUGGUGUGCGCACGCCCGCCACGGAGAGGACAGUACAGUCCACCGGCCAGACGCAGCCGGCGGAGGAGUUUGGCAACGAAGCGAAGGCUUUUGUCGAGGAGCGUAUGCUUCAGCGCAAGGUCAAGGUUGACAUUGUCGGUGCCAGCUCCCAGGGCCAGCUUGUCGCUACCAUCAUCCACCCCAACGGUAACAAGAACAUUGCCGAGUUCUUGCUGUCAGAAGGUCUUGCUCGCUGCAACGAUUUCCACUCGACGAUGCUCGGCGAGAAGAUGGCCCCGCUGCGCGCGGCCGAGAAGACGGCUCAGGGCAAGAAGAUCCGCCUGCACCAGAACCACGUCGCCAAGGAGGGCGGCGCUCAGUCUGACAUGACCGUCACCAAGAUUGUCGGUGCCGACACUAUCAUCGUCCGCAGCAAGGAAGGAAAGACGGAGAAGCGCAUCAACUUUAGCAGCAUCAGGGGCCCCCGCGCUGGCGAGCCGACCGAGGCGCCGUACAGAGACGAGGCUAAGGAGUUCCUGCGCAAGAAGGUCAUCGCUAAGCACGUCCGUGUCAGCAUUGAUGGCCACAAGGCCGCCGCUGAUGGCUUCGAGGCUCGCGACGUUGCUACUGUGACGGAGAAGAACCAAAACAUUGGUCUGCUCCUGGUCGAGCAUGGCUACGCCACGGUCAUCCGCCACCGCAAGGACGACACGGAUCGCGCUUCCAACUACGACGAGCUUCUUGCGGCCCAAGAGAAGGCCAAGGAGGAGAAGAAGGGCAUCUGGUCGGGCAAGGCGCCCAAGAUCAAGCAGUACAUCGACGUCUCCGAGUCUCUGCAGAAAGCCAAGCUGCAGCUGGCUGGUCUCCAGCGCCAGAAGAAGGUUGCUGGUGUGGUUGACUUUGUCAAGUCUGGUUCCCGCUUCACCAUUCUAGUUCCUCGCGAGGGCAUCAAGCUUACCCUUGUUCUGGGAGGUGUGCGUGCCCCAAGGGCGCCCCGCAACAACGGAGAAGGCGACUUCGCCAAGGUCCUUGUCGAAGAGGGUCUCGCGUCCGUGCACGGCUACUCUGCGGAGAAGUCUGGUAACGCUGGUGAGCUGUUCCCGGCAGAGCAGCGUGCCAAGGAGGCUCGCAAGGGACUCUGGAAGGACUGGGACCCUUCGCAGGACGAGCAGGUCGAGGAGGCCGCACCCGCCGAGUCGCAGGACACGCCCGAGUCGUAUGACAACAAGGCCAAGGACUACCGCGAUGUUGUGGUCACGGAGAUGGACGGCAACGGCAGGCUUAAGAUCCAGGAGAUUGGCAAGGGCACUGCAGCGUUGACGACGAUGAUGAACGAGUUCAAGAAGUUCCACAUCGACUCGAAGAACGCCAAGCCCCUGGGAGACGCGCCCAAGACGGGCGAGUUCGUCGCGGCCAAGUACUCGGUUGACGGCCAGUGGUACCGCGGACGCGUCCGCUCCAAUGACCGGGCCAACAAGGUGGCUGAGGUGCUCUUCAUCGACUACGGCAACUCAGAGAAGAUUGCGUGGAAGGACCUGCGCCCCCUUGACCAGCCGCAGUUCAGCACGCAGAAGCUCAAGAGCCAGGCCUCUGACGCGUCCCUGUCGUUUGUGCAGCUGCCGACGGCGCCCGAGUACUUCCGCGAGGCGCAGGACUUUAUCGCCAAUAUCACCGGGGGCAAGGAGCUGGUGGCGAGCUUUGACUUUGUCGACACGAAGGAGGGCGUCAGCUACAUCACGCUGUACGACUACAACUCGGGCUCCGGCAAGCCGGGCCCCAACGACUCGAUCAACAAGGAGGUCCUCGCCGCCGGUGCCGGUCUUGUGCCGACAAAGCUCAAGGCGUGGGAGCGCAGCGGACAGCACGCGUCAUACCUGAAGCACCUCAAGGAGGUGGAGUCGCAGGCCAAGCAGGAGAGGCAGGGCAUGUGGGAGUACGGCGACAUUACGGAGGAUUAG